AUGACCACCUCACCACCAACAUCGCCUGCAAAUGGAGUGCCGCGGCCCAUGAGCGCCAUGAUUCGCCCCAACCGCAGCUCCAGUCGCCUAAGCAUGAGCAGCAAGCAAGGCGGAGGCAGCAGGGCGAGUGAUGAGGACAGCAAGACUGCGGUCAAAGUCGCUGUCCGCGUACGUCCUCCGCUCAAGACGGGCGAGCCGGGCUACGACCUCAUUCCCCAGCGAUUCCGCGGCGCGACCUGCCAUGUAACAUCGCCCUCGAGUUUGGCCGUGGAUGCGGCGGGGGGCAGGAAGGUUUUUGUCUUUGACCGCGUCUUUGGGGAGGACAUUGACCAGGAAGGUGUCUUCGAGUAUGUCACCGAUAGCAUCAACUCUUUUGUACAGGGCUACAACGUCUCCGUCCUCGCAUACGGCCAGUCUGGCGCCGGCAAAUCGUAUACUAUGGGCACAACAGGCCCGCAAGAGCAGGGAGACAAUGAUAUUAUGGGUAUAAUCCCUCGCGCGGCGGCCUUGCUCUUUGAUAAGCUCGAAGGGCACAGCAAUCGAGCUUCUGCAUCAGGCAUCCGCGCGCCGUCACGCUUGUCAGGCCUGCAUACCCUCUCAGGAAAGUCAUCAGCCAACAAAAACUGGCAGCUGAAAGCGACCUAUGUUGAGAUCUACAAUGAGCAAUUACGCGACCUUCUACUCCCCGAAAAUACCCCCCUCAACGAGCGCUCAACCGUGAACAUCCGCGAAGACCGCGAUGGUCGCAUUCUACUCACUGGCCUCACGCAAAAUUCAAUCAAUUCCGUCGAAGAUCUUCUCAGUGCGCUAAACUUCGGGUCCGCCAUCCGUCAAACCGAUGCCACUGCGGUGAACGCCAAGUCGUCUCGCUCACACGCUGUCUUUAGUCUCAAUCUAGUGCAGAAGAAGACUUCGGCAGUACCCUCCACGAACCGCGAGAAGCGCAGAUCGGUCCCCAUCGAGAUGAUGUCCGGCUCCAGCGAGAGCUGGGUCACGGUCGACAGCAAACUGCAUUUCGUGGAUCUGGCGGGGAGUGAGAGGCUGAAGAACACACAAGCGCAGGGCGAGAGGGCAAAAGAGGGCAUUUCCAUUAACGCUGGACUUGCAAGCUUAGGCAAGGUCAUUUCACAGCUGUCAGCUCGCUCGCAAGGGGGCUACGUUUCGUACCGAGACUCCAGACUCACGCGUCUUCUGCAAGACUCUCUUGGUGGUAACGCCAUUACUUAUAUGAUCGCCUGCGUCAAUCCGGCAGAAUUCCAUCUGAGCGAAACCCUGAACACGGUUCAAUAUGCACAACGCGCUCGCGCUAUCCAAGUCAAGCCGCAGAUUCAACAAGUUCAUGACGACAGCGAUAAGCAAGCGGCAAUCGAACGUCUACGUGCCGAAGUCAACUUCCUCAGGGACCAGAUUCGAUUAUCAGAGCGCACCGACCGGAAGAAAGCCAAUCCACAGGAACGUGUCGAACGACAGCAGGAACGUGAGAUGGAGCUUCAGAACCAGCUCCUUGAUGUUCAAGAGAAUUAUAGCGCACUCAGCACCCGCCACGCCAAGCUCAUCUCCGAAAUUACUAAAGCGCGUGAUAAUGAGUCGGCCGACACACCCAUGCUCAAGGAUGCCAUUGGUGAUUCUGCACUUGAGCGUUUGAAGCGAUCAAACUCGUUUGCGGAAGCCGUCGAAUCUGUGGUACUCGAAUACGAGAAGACCAUUCAAUCACUGGAGUCAUCGCUCUCAAUCACCCGAAGCUCUUUGUCGACCAACGAGAGCGACUUGAUGGAGAAGGAAACACGUAUCGCGAUCUUGGAAAGUCAGAACCAUCAACUGCAAUCGCGUAUCCAGAAGGCGAUUGAUCGCGACGCCAACAACGAGGAAUACGUUAAAUCGCUGGAACGUCAGGUCGACAACUCGACAAACGGAAUAGAAAAGAACGACACCACGAUAUCUGAUUUGCGCGACAAGUUGAAAAAGGCUCGCGAAAAUGAGUCUAGUUGCGAGGAGUACAUCUCAACCCUGGAAGAGCGUCUUGCAGAAAAUGAACAGGAGGUCGAAAUUAUGACCCGAGAGAUUGAUCGAUUGAAGCACGUAGUUGAAAGACAACGUAGCGUUGGCAAGCUGGACAAUCUCCUCUACGAGCUCGACACCAUGCGGCAGGCGGAUGCCAAAGCGGAAGAGACUCUCGUGAAUGGCCACUCCAAGUCUGACAGCGAUCCCUUCGUUGAGAAGCGACCUCAAAUAGAGCGACGAGUGACCGGUGAGAAUGGGCAUCAGUUCAGCACAACUGUAGAUGCUAUUGCAGAAGAGCCUGAUGGUGAGCGUCCUCCUACAGCCGGCGCAGUAACAGGCAUCAAACAUGGCAUAGAAGAGCAAGAUGACCACUCGCAAAUCAAGGCCAUCGCCCAGAAAGAGUUGUCUCCAGAUACGGCUGCGGAUGAGCCCUCGAGUCCAGCACAGUCUCGAUUUGUUCACGACAAACUCGAUUCAGUAACACACGAACUGUUUGACCUGCGAGUGGAGCAUGAGGGCACUCUUCAGGACUAUGAGAAACUCGCAAGCAAGUAUCAGGAAGCAUUACGAACCCUGGCCGCACUCCAGGAUACUGUAGAUGAAGCACGUCAUCGCGGAGCGUCCUCGGUGCACUCCUCGCGGCCAACAUCCUUUGUGGAAACCGCAGGGGCGAACGGACUCAAGGUAGAGGAUGGGCAACUACCAUCCUCGCGUACAUUGUCUGCGGAAUUGUCCUCGGUGGAGUUUGAAAAUGACAACCUACCAGACGACGACACGGAAGCUGGCCAUGAUCAGACAAAGACACGGAGAUCAUCAAUUGACUCCGUUGCACAGGAUAUACCAGAUUCUGUUCUUGUCCAGGAGCUAAAUGCAUUGAAGUUGUUACACGCAGAGAAAGAAGACCGUAUGGCCGAGCUCCACCAGAACUUUUCGGAGCUGCAAGAAGAACAUCAAGACACGCUAGACUAUGUGGAGGAGCUGAAGUCAGAGAUAACAAAAGCUCAAAUGACCCGUCCAGCCUCGCCCUCAGUACACAUGAUCCGUCGCAAGUCCAGUCAAGCAGUACUCGCAAAUGAUCGUUCUAACCGCGCUUUCGCCUCCCUACGCAAUAUGGCUCUCGAUACAUUUGAAGAAGACCCCGACGCCAUCCAGAACUUCGAGCUCAACCUGAACACCAUCAUGUCAGAGCUACAUACAAGGUCUGAGCGAGUGCAGGAAUUGGAGGCCGAGGUCAACUCUGUGCGCAAAGAGAUGGAAGGCAAGAUGACGUUGAUCAGUGGCCUGACCAAGGAGCGAUCGAGCAUGAAAGCUGGAUCGCCUCUCGACAUCUCAAUCGUUGCCAGCAUGCAGGACCAAAUGAAGCAGAAUGAGGACCACAUCAAGGAGCUGAAAGACUCCCACACUCAGCGAGAGCACGAGCUCCAUGAACAAAUUGCGACCCUCAAGGCUUCAGUGAAGACUCCGGGGUCACCUGAUGACGCCAAUUCUCCACGCCACUUCCAGCAUGAGCGAGCAGCUUCGUAUGAUUCGAGUGUUUCAACGGACGAUGAUGCUGGGCGUGCCACGCAGCUCAACACACUGAGUGACGAAGCAGCCAAGUGGCAGUCCAAGCAUUUGGAAGUCAUUGAAGCUACUAAAGCUUCUGAGAAGCGACACCUCGAUACUGUUCGGGACUUGGAGUCAGCAAAGGAGCAGCUUGAGGCGGAUCAUGCUUCUCGUUUGGUAGAGCUGGAGCGAUCCAAAGGUGCUGAAGCCGAGAUUGCUUUGGAGCAAGAAAGGGCGAAACAUGCUGAAUUCGUUGCUGCUUUGCAGAUUCAAGUUGAUGAGCACAAGGCUAUCGCUGUGAACAACGCUAUCCGCCUAGCUGAGCUUGAAGAAUCGCAUGCGAGCAUUAUUAAACAGGUGGAGGAAGAUGCAGAAGCACGGGCUCUCACUGAAAAGGAACUUGACACUCACAGGUCGCUCGUCACCAACCUGGAGCACCAGAUCGAGGAGCACAAGGCUGCCAUUAACUUUCAUCAGCAAGGCAUGGACUCUUUACAGAAGUCUCAUGCGGUCGAGCUCGAGAAGCUCUCCUCUGAACUUACCACUCAUCAAAAUUCGUCUACUUUGCUCCAAGCUGAUCUUUCACAAGCGAAGACGAAUAUGGAGACUCUGCUGAAAGGCAUUUCGGCUGUCCUAGGCCAAGAGACAGAUCUCGACAAGGUACAGUCUCACAUCGAGGCCUUGGUCUCGGAGAGGAAGUCUAUCUCCACCCAAAUGGACGAGGCCAUCAAGGAUCUUCAGACGGUGAGGCAGGAGCUCUCUGAUGCCACCAACACGAUUGGUACCCUCAAGGGAAAUCUUAAAGAGUUUGAGCUUAUCAACGCGGAGACACUCAAGGAGCUCGAGCGAGUCAGCGAGAAGGAGCUCAAGAGCUCUCGGCUUGUUCAAGAACUUGAAGACCAGCUCAAUCAGAACUGGGAUCAGCAUGAGGCUGCAAACAACCGGUUAUCUGCUCUUCAGACCGAGCGCACACGAGAACUACAAGAUGCCAUCGUCCAUGGGGACGGGCUCGAAAAGGAAGUCCAAGAAUCCCGCAUAAAGAUUGCUCUUUUGGAGUCACAACUCGUCGAUGCAAAGCGAAACUCUACCCGUGGUUCCAUCGACCCUCGGGAGGAUCUCCACAGGUCCAACUCUAACAACUCCAAUGCGCGCAAGAGCACCUCGCAUACCUCUUUGCCCUCACCGCCGCCUGCCAUCCCUCUUCCCCCUCUACCUCCUGGCAGUCCUCCACCUCAGGCAAACGCGCCAUCGCCUCCUACUUCGCGUCAUCAAAGCAAGGAUAUUGCACACGCUCAACUAGUCGAAGACCAAGAAGCUCGCAUCCGCACUAUCGAGAAGCAUCUCUUUGCUGAAAAGCAGCUGACCGCAACUCUCGAGGACGCUUUGACAGAUCUCGAAGCCUCCAGCACUAAGACCAAGACCGAUCUUGACCAGUUCAGGAAGAAGUGCGUUGGUCUAGAGGAGGAGCUCAAUGAGAUGCGCAAAGAGCGUAGCGCAGCGCGACACUCGCUCCAAGCUGUCGAAGAGGAGCGCAACGCCCGUCUACGGGUAGAAGCCGAGCGCGCACACCUCGAGGCCCGUAUGGCGGCCCUCAACAACGCUAACAAGAAGAGCAAGAAGAAGGGCACUUUGAACUGCUUCUAG